AUGCUGCUUGAUACAGAUAAGACAUUACCCAUGGUUGAAAAAGAAAAACUUGAUCAAUCAUCUCCUGAUCAUAUUCAGAAUAUAAUUCGUAUAAAGAACUAUCUUCUUAUUCUUCUUGUCAUACAAUGGUUUACAUGCAUUGUUACUUUUGUUUUUGGAUCUUAUGCAAUAUUAGUUUCAAAUUCUAAUAAUGUUUCAGUUGAAAGUAAAUUUUUGGUAUUAGUGAUGACUUUAGUUAUUUAUUAUAUAUUUGGUCUUGUCAUCACAUAUCAACAACAUCGAAUUGGAUUACUUAUCUUUGCAUCUCUUGGAGUGAUUAUAUUUAUAGUAAUAUGUAUUUUAUUUGGUUAUAUAAUCUUAGCGAUUAUCGCAAUCAGUGCUGUGUUUGGAAUUAACGGUCAACCAUAUGCACUUAUUAUAGUUUUGUGGAUCGUCUUUGUUAUGGUGGCCUUUGUUAUGGUAAGAUGA